AUGGCAUGCGAGCAGAUGAGAUCCCUUGAUCCCUACGAGCAACUAAAGGUGGUACUCAACCGAGACGGAACGCUCACCCGACUGCAGCCCCUGCAGACGGUGGCGGCAUCGGAAAACAUCAAGGAACGAACCGUGAUCUCAAAAGACAUAACCCUCAAUACCCAAAAGCGGACCUGGGUCCGUAUCUUCCGUCCUUCCAAACUACCUUCCAAUGAUCGGGUGACCGUGCGCCUUCCUGUUUCGAUUUACUUCCACGGCGGUGGAAUGAUACACAACGGUCCAGACACCAUAUUCUGCCACGAAUUCUGCGAGAAUUUCGUUCGCUUUGGACCUGCAAUCGUUGUGUCUGUUGCUUACCGUCUCGCUCCGGAGCACAGACUCCCGGCUGCUUACGAAGAUGGGGAAGAUGCACUUCUGUGGUUGAAGAAUCAGGCAUUGAGCCCCGAUGGUCAGCCCUGGUUGAAGAAUUACGCCGACUUCUCUCGCUGUUUCCUUACCGGGUGGAACAGCGGAGGCAACAUUGCGUACAAUGUGAGGCUGCGCUCCUUGGACAUGGACCUCGCGCCGGUGAAAAUCCAGGGGACGAUUUUGGAUCAGCCCUUCUUUGGUGGGAUCGAACGAACAGAUUCUGAAGUGGAAUUUGCCGACGAUCAGAUUCUACCGUUAUCGGUGACGGAUCUAAUAUGGGAGUUGGCAUUGCCAUUGGACGCCGAUCGAGACCAUGAAUACUGCAAUCCCAUGGUUAGAGGGAGUCACAGUGCAAAGAUUGGAUCUAUAGGAAGAGUUAUAGUGAGAGGGUACGGCGGGGACAUAACCAUCGAUCGGCAGAUGGAGUUGGUUCAGAUGCUAGUGAAACAUGGAGUGCGAGUGGAGGCACGAUUCGAGGAAGUUGGGUUCCAUGGAAUCGAUCACAUUGAUCGCAGCAGGGCUAUAGAGACCAUGGCUAUCUUCAAACAAUUUAUACUGGGUUCUCCCAACGCUUAGUUUCUCAUUCUCUCAUCUGUCAGACUUAUUUACUC